UGAAUGGCCAAUUUGAACUUUUUAAUAAAAGAGUGUUCCAUUCUUUCAUAUAAAAUCAAUUCAAAAGAAUCUGCAAUGUUAUCUUUUUCUAAUAGCCAAAAAAAAAAAGUAGGUAUUUGGUAUUCUUUUGUGGUGAGCCAAAAGUAAAAUUGAUUCUUCUAUUUUGCGCUAAAAGUUAAAACUAGUUUAAUUUAAAAACAAUUAAAGAAUAUUUUCAUAGAAUUAUUAUUAUCUCUGAAAAAAAAAACUAAAUGUUCAAACAUUUUUACACUCAAAUGAAUCAUGGAAAGUGGGUAUAUAUAGUGAAGGCUGUCAAGUACAUUCAUUUCGUUCACUCUUCAUUACAUUUUCUGAAAUCUGAAAAGAAGAAAAUCAAGAACUCUAAACCACCAACCAAGCCUUGAAGAAGAAGAUAUGGGGGCUCUGGACUGCCUGGCAAUCUGGUGCAACGUGAGAAUCACAAGUAGAAAAAGAAGAAAACCGAUGCAGACUGUUGAAAUCAAAGUAAAAAUGGACUGUGAUGGCUGCGAAAGAAAAGUUAAGAAUGCUGUAUCAUCCAUGAGAGGUGUGAAGACAGUUGAAAUGAACAGAAAACAGAGCAAAGUGAGUGUUCAUGGUCAAGUAGAUCCAAACAAGGUGCUGAAAAGAGUGAAAAGAACAGGAAAAAAGGCUGAGUUUUGGCCUUAUGUUCCUCAUAAUGUCAUGUAUUAUCCUUCUGCUCCUCAGGUCUACGAUAAAAGAGCCCCAGCUGGUCAUGUUCGCUACGUUCAGCCCCAGCCAAAUGUCUCCGAACAUGAAAAGAUGGCCACUUUCUUUAGCGAUGACAACCCUAAUGCCUGUUCUAUUAUGUGACUCAUGACCCACGCCGAUCUAUUUUUACAUUUUUACUAUCGAAUUUGAGCAGUACUAUAUAUAUGGGCGAAUUUUACAACUUUUAUCUCAAUAAUUACAAAUGAUUCUACUCAGCUAUUACUACAAUAAAGUCUGUCUUUUGAGCUUUCUGCAUUAUUAAGCCUCAUUUGUUAAUAAAAAGAGAGAAUAUAAUAAGACUGCUGAUUAUUGGCAAUUGCCUUCC